CGACUCACCGCUUUCCUGCUCUGUGAUUGGUCGAGAGCGUACGUUCACUUUGUUAUGGCGUCCUGCGGUUUCUGAUCCCCUGAGAAAUCAAAUUUUCAACGCGAUUUUUGCAGCAAUUGAGCGAUUUUACUGACCGACGCAUAAUUGAAAGUAAUCCGGUUUGUUGGACACGUCAAAAUGAUGUCGAGGUCUGUUCGAGCAGAAACCAGGAGCCGGGCUAAGGAUGACAUUAAAAGGAUCAUGCAAGUGGUCGACAAAGUUCGGCACUGGGAAAAGAAAUGGGUCACAAUUGGAGACACCACCAUGAAAAUUUUUAAAUGGGUGCCCAUUACUGCCAGCACGGAUCAGAAAAAGAAGGCGAAGGAAAUCUCAUCGGGGAAAGAAAACGGAACGCCUAGGAAAGGAGCCUUGGAUAAUUCGAAUUCAAAUUUCGCAAUGGCUGAAGACUCAAAUACAUGUUUCUCGACAGUGAGUGACUCGCAAGGACCCACAGAUUUUGGAGCUACGCUGGGUUUUUCAGAAGACUCUAAUUCGCAAAGCAGUGAACCACCGUCUAAGAGACUCAAACCGUCUAAAGAUUAAACACCAAAAGUCUUUUCAAAGACUAAAAUAUUUUAUCAUGCGACUUGAUGACGCAUGCAUAUUUGUACAGAUUGAUUCAUAAUGAAUUCCUAAAUUUACCUUCGGAAACAGUAUAAUUACCUAACUUUGUGUAUUUGUAACAUUCUGUAAGUGGGAAUAAGUGUUUGUACUUUUAAUUAAAACAUAAGUCCUUAUCGU